AGAGAGAGAGAGAGAGAGAGAGAGAGAGAGAGAGAAUGGUGCUACACAUAGUGCUAUUCCUGCUACUUAAUCUGGGCUUCCAAUUACUAGGAGCACAAAACCUCCAAGUGGGGUUCUAUAAAGACAAAUGCGAAGAUGCUGAAUUAAUUGUGAAAGAAGAGGUGGAAAAGGCCUUUGACAAAGAUUACGGAAUUGCUCCUGGUCUUGUUAGAAUGCAUUUUCAUGACAGUUUUGUCAGGGGGUGCGAUGCAUCUAUUUGCAUCGACUCGACCCCAGGCAAUCUAGCAGAAAAGGAUGGCCCCCCUAACGGCAUUACUCUCCGAGGGUUUGAAGUCAUAGAUGAUGCCAAGGCCAGGCUCGAGGCCGAGUGCAAAGGGGUGGUCUCUUGUGCUGAUAUACUCGCUUUUGCAGCCAGAGAUGCUGUCCACAUUACAGGAGGUUUAUACUGGGAUGUUCCAGCGGGAAGGAGGGAUGGAAGGAUUUCGCGGGCUUCAGAGACCGUUGACAUACCUCCUCCCUUCGGAGACCUAGAUCUAAUCACUCGCGCCUUUCUUAAGAAAGGGCUUACUCAACGUGAAAUGGUUGCACUUGUUGGAGCACAUACAAUCGGGCGCUCCCAUUGCUUUUCAUUCAGCAACAGGUUAUACAACUUCAGCGCAACAAAUAGCCGGGAUCCAACCUUAGACCCCUUCUACGCGGCCCAACUAAAGCAGGAAUGUCCCCGAGGCCAGGGGGGAAAUGUGGAUUCAAAUCUCGUGGUUGAGAUGAACUUCAGCCCGGCUUUAAUGGACCCAAGCUAUUUCGCAGAUGUCUUGCACCAACGCGGCCUGUUCACCUCAGACCAGACUCUCACUACCAGCCAACAAACCACGGACCAGGCAACGUUGUAUGCCGGAAAUGGGCUGAUUUGGCAGCAAGACUUUGUGUCGGCUAUGAUCAAGAUGAGUGAGAUUCAGGUGCUCACGGGGACUGCGGGCGAGAUCCGGUCCAACUGUAGGAGGAUCAACCCGUGAGGCCUAGAUGUUGUUACUUUCAUGUGCUACUCAUAAUAAGGUUUUGCUUGAAGCUUAGCAAAGACCAAAACAAAAUAAGAAAAUCAUGGCUACUGCCAGGCUUUUGAGGGUUUCAAUUGUUGUAUUUUAGUCGGUUUCUGUAUUACAAUAAGAUGGUCCAUGAGGGAAAUUAUGUUGAACUAGUGGAUGUCCGUGUCUAAAGGCACGUUGGAAUG